AUGUCUAUAGAUAAACCAACACCGAUCCGAUCGGACACAAGUAUAACAGAAACACCUACAAGUUCGACAUCCACACUUGCAGGAGGAGAAGGAGGAGAGAAUUGCGAUACUCAUAUGAGCAUGUCAAAAGGUAAAGAAUGUGAUUUGCCGGAUGUGCGACCUAGGGAUUAUGGGGUUGGUCAGAAGGAAGUUGAUGUUGAGGCUGGACUUUCAAGAUCACCUUCUAUCCAAAUAAUCCGAUCUCCAUCUCAACAAGUCAAUACGGAUAAAAACCAGAACCAGAACAAAAGUGAAAAUGAAAAUGAAAACGAAAAGCAAAUCAUAGAGACUCAGGAAGAAGAAGAGAUAGAGAUGAUUGAUGGUAGACCUAAAGAUAUAUAUGAUCGAUUCACGAAAUCACAGAAGAAUCGAAUAUUGUUCAUUGUCAGCUAUUCAGCCAUUAUCGCUCCAAUGACUUCUUCCAUAUUCUUGCCUUCCAUUCCUCAGAUGUCCGAGCAACUCCACACUUCCCCCGAAGUAAUCAACUACACCGUAGCGAUAUUCAUCCUAGUCAUAGGGAUAGCACCUGUCUUUUGGUCACCUUACGCAGGGUUUUACGGUAGAAGACCGGUCUAUCUCGCUUCGAUGCCAAUCAUGGUGGUUUCUAGUAUUGGAGUCGCGUUAAGUAAGAAUGUUGGGGGAGUGACGGCUGCAAGAGUUAUUCAAGGGAUAGGUAGUUCAUGUUUCCUCGCGGUUGGAGCGGGAAGUAUAGGAGAUAUCUUUAGACCUACGGAGAGAAGUAGGGGUAUGUCAGCGUUUUAUAUGGUCACUCUCUUAGGUCCAGCUCUCUCUCCAGCCAUAGCAGGGAUAUUCACAGAAUAUACUCCAGCAGGAUGGCGAUCAUGUCAAUAUUUCCUUGCUGGCUGUGGGGCUUUGUCGAUCUUCCUCGUGUUCUUCUUCUUACCUGAGACUUCCCAUCCGCCUUUACCCCAUGAUACACUCAGACAACAAAACGGCAAGAAAUUCAUCUGGUAUUUCUGCAAUCCCCUGACUUCGCUGGGAUUAUUGAGAUGGCCUAAUAUCCUUAUCGCUACGUUCAUAUCAAGUUGCGGUAUGAUUGACACUUAUUGCGUUUUGGUACCUCUUUCAUCCGUUUUUAAGGAAAGAUAUCAUAUCAACAACCUGGCAAUUGGAGGAUGUCUAUACCUAGCUAAUGGAGCAGGUAAUAUCCUAGGUUCGAAGAUUAUUGGACCAUGGGCCGAUGCGAUAGUGAUCAAGUACAUUGCUAAAAGGGGAUACAGAAGACCUGAAGAUAGGUUGAAAUCUGCUUUAUUCGGUAUAGGCGUCAUUAUGCCUUUAUCGAAUUUGGCUUAUGGCUGGUUGUUACAAUAUGGAGUCGGUGGAAUCGCUGCUCCACUCGUCAUGGUUUUCUUAAAUGGUUUAGCGUUGAUGUUUGGUUUCGCACCAUUGAAUACUUAUCUGGUAGAUGCCAUGCAAACUAGAAGUGCAGAAGUGAUCGCUGUGAACAAUUGUAUCCGAUAUAUAUUUGCGGCGGCAGCUUCAGCUUGUAUACUGCCUAUUGCCAAUUCCAUAGGAUGGGGAUGGACAAUGACGAUAUGUGCAAUCUUAACUUGGGUAGCAGCACUUGCAUUAUAUUUGUUGUACAGAUAUGGGGAUAGAUGGCGUGAAAAAGCUAAUAUGAAAUAUGGAAUAACCUCAAGAGAGGCUGAUGAAGAGAGAGUGGAAAGUGGAAAAGAUGAAGAAUCGGCUGUACGGGAACAUGAGCAAGGUCAAAGUGUGAUCGAGCGAAAGGACACACCCACUGCUCCAGCAGAAGAGAUAGGAACCGACACGGUACAGAACCACAAUCAAGAGGAAAAAGUAGGAGAGAAAAUUGCCAGACCGAACAAAUCGAGUGGUAUCAGGAGGACUAGAACGAAUACCAAUGAUUUACCUAAUGUCGAGCAGGUCUUGAAGAGGACAGUAUCGUUAAGUGGACAGAGUGUACAUGGUGGUGGGUAG